CCUUAACCACGACAGCUCACUGCCCCUCUCACUCUCAUUGUUGCUUGUUUUUAAUGAUAAACGCCCGCACUUGUAAUAUUGUGUUCAGGGUGGAUGCCAAGGGUUGGCCUUUGGGAAAACUUUGGCGUCAUGUUUGUUAAAGUUGUGUUUGGCACAUUGUGCAGAAUGCGAGGAGGAGGAAUCCAAAAUCCACAUUUGGGCCAAGCCAAAGCCUUCGAAUGCGUGUGCAAGGGCCAGAAUUCUGUUCAUCGAGACAUCAGGGAAAAGCCCACAACGAUAGGACUGAUGUUGUGCUUGUGCUUUGACAGUCUUUGGAAGGAAAUUGUGGGCUUACAAUACAAGCUUAGGCAUAUUUAGGCUGAAAAAAUAUGCAGGAUUGACAUAUUUUUCAAUGGGGGCUAUAGAGCUUAUUUUUCUGUUUAAUCAGGCAUAGGAUUGUGCUCCAGAUCUCUGCCAGGUGCUGCAGCCAGGGAAGCAAUUUUCCCCGUUGUGGUCAGGCAAUCAAGAGGUGACCUUCAAAGGCAGAGGUGUCUCCUCUUGGCCUCAUGACCAGCGAUACGGAUAGCUGAGGCCUGUUUUACCGUGAAGAUCAUGCUGAGGAGCUUCCUGAGGGCGAUGAAGGGGCUUGCCUGCCAGAGGACCCCCCGCGCCCCUUCACAGGCAGCCCUGGCGUCUGAGGGAACCUUGCAGCGUGCCUCCCAUGCACUUGUGUGCAAUGCCACAAUCCCGCUCACGCAGCCUGAAAAGACAAAAGACUAUGCCCUUCCCAAUCCUGGCUGGAGCCAGGAAAUGCUGGAUCAGUUCAACAGGCUCAUGGAGAUGACGGAAGAUGGAACGUGGAGAAAGCUGCCCUCGUAUAGGCAUGCUCUGGAACAUAUUCCAGGAGAGACCAGGCAUUGGAAGCAGCUGAAGGACAUCAGCAUCCGCAACUUCCUCAGGAAUACUGAUGUUGAAGGUGCGGGCUUCGAGUACGCCAUGUUCCUGAACCUAUCAGAAGAAAGGCUGCUCUGCGUGUUCCAGCCGGGUCCCUACCUCGGGGGACCGCCAGGAUUCACACACGGCGGUUCUAUCGCCAGCAUCCUCGAUGCCUCGCUUGGGACGACUGCCAACUGCAUUGCCGGCCGGGCGAUGACCGCUCACCUCAGCAUCAACUAUAAGAGCCCCCUCCCCCUUGGCUCCGUGGUCCUGGUGAAGAGCAGGCUGGACCGGAUGGAGGGCCGGAAGCUGUUUACGAGCGGUCAGGUGGAGAGCCUGGAUGGGCAGACCCUCUAUGCGGAGGCCAGCGGUCUCUUCAUCAAAGUGCAGGACAAGAAACCCUCCAGCAACGAGCAGGGUCCAAGCACCCAGGCGGAAACGAGCUCCUCACCUGAAGCCAGUUAACCUGGGCAGAGCCCCUCAGCUGGCUGGUCCAGGUGUCUCCCACCUCUGGAGCGAGCAACUCGUCCCUCCCUGAACCAGCUUUUCUGGCUUGUUGUGCUAGUUUGGAACCCGACGAGCACCUCUGCUCCCCCCUCCCAAAAUCUGCCAAGUUUUCUGUUGGUCCUGGGAUAUUUUUGUUACCUGGCACGAGUAGUGCAGGAAUCUGGCCGAGGUUCCGUGUGUCUGGCUACCAGGCUGUGCUUUCAAACAGUGUUAUCGGGCCAGUGGCACGCCAGGCUGGCCUUCUGUAGCUGUGCAAGGGUCUUCAGGUCUUCUUCUGGACAUUUCCCUUGGAUUUGCAAGUCCUCCCACCUCCUUUGCAGCAUGUCUUCCCUUCCACAGGAAGGAAGCCCUCCCAGGGCAACAGCUGUAUGGAUGCUCUGAUUCUGAAACACAGACCACUUUUGGUAUGCCAGAUAAGCGGCGGUUCCAGAGAAGAAUAGUUGGACCAAUUAGAAUGUGUGUUAUCAGCACUUAACCUGUCUCAUUCUCUGUUGGGAUAGAUAAAAGUCUUGAAAAAAGUGUUUACUGUUCAGAGAGAAACUGAUAGGCAGCAUGAUAUAUUUGUCUUCAUGGGGGUCUCUAAGCUCACUCACUGUGGGGUGUUUUUAUUGCAAGCACAGAGUGUGUGUUCUGUGAUCCAUUUUCCAACAGGCCCAGGGCCCUUCAAGAUACAAAAAAACCAGCAAGGGAGAUAAGCUGCCGUACCUAAAUCCAAACAGAACAGCCGGCUUGAAUGUUCAGUUGUCAAUUUAUUUAUGUUCUCGGUGGGUUCCAGAAGACCAGUUUGUCAAAGGCAGCUCCAUGCUAUAAUGCUUCCAAGUGAUGCCCGCAGCGCUCUGCUUUGGCCUCACCUGUGGGCAGAUUCGGAAGCAGGAAGUUGCAAGCGCCAGUAGAACCUACAAACGACAUGCCUUUCUGUGGUGGAGAAUCGUUCACAACCGUGUGUUGGGGAUGUGGCAUUUGGGUAUUUUGCCAAUGUGGGGCCCAUUAAGAUUGGUUUGCAAGAAGCUAGUUAUGUCGGGAAUGCUCACCUGAGGUGAAGAAAUUGCCUUCAGUGUUUGCAUUCAUGUUGCUUUAGACAUGCGCUUCCUGAUCGAAGGGGAAAUGGAGGCAGGAAAUGGAGAGUGAGAAGAGACCAUUUUCACCUGAAGUAACUCUGUGCCAUGUUUGAACAAAUAAAACAGAUUAGUAAAUAUA